AUCGAACUGCUUGCUUCAGCCUUCAAUCUCUGCGCUGUGCUGUGCCCCGCGAAUUGUUUACGCUCGCUCUCGAGAUCUCUCUCUAGAUUCUCUCGGCUUCCCUCUUCUCUCUGUCUCCUGCAAGAACCCAUGGCGGCUACGACGAUAGAUUGGCACGCCCGCAACAACGCCGCGCUUCCCGCCGCCAUGUAUGGCGUGGCCGUGCCGGACAGCAAGGAGCUCGUGCGCGCGCUUGCUCCGCCCACGCAGCAGGCACCGACCAUCUCGUUCGCGUACCCCCGCUCCGGCGUGGAGCAGCAGAGCGCGGCGGGCUCGUUUCUGGGUGCCGGCGGUAGUGGCCUGACCCCGGCACAGAUCCUCCAGGUGCAGUCGCGGCUCCAGUUCCUGCGCCGGCCGGCGGGGGCCGCGGUCGCCACCCAGCCGAUGAAGCGGCAGGGCGUGCCGCUGCCGCAGGCGCCGGCGGUGUCCAAGCUGUACCGCGGCGUCCGGCAGCGGCAUUGGGGGAAGUGGGUCGCGGAGAUCCGCCUGCCACGAAACCGCACCCGCCUCUGGCUCGGCACCUUCGACACCGCUGAGGAGGCUGCGCUCGCCUACGACAGCGCCGCGUUCCGCCUCCGCGGGGACUCCGCCAGGCUCAACUUUCCCGAGCUCAGGCGCGGCGGCCAGCACCUCGGCCCGCCGCUCCACGCCGCGGUCGACGCCAAGCUCCACGCCAUCUGCAACGGCACGGACGUCGUCGUGCCGCUGCCGCAGAGCCGGAGCAACGACGCCACGGCGGCGGCGACGGCGACAACCGCCCCGAGCCCCUUCUCCUCGGCGAGUCCACACGUCAAGAGCGAGCCGGGCUCCUCCGGCUCCGAUAGCUCGUUUUCCGCAGACGGCGACGUGUCCUCCACUGGGUCCUCCGACGUGGUGCUGGAUAUGCAACUGCUCGACUUCUCAGAAGCGCCAUGGGAUGAUUCUGAGAGCUUCGGCCUUCGCAAAUACCCCUCCUUGGAGAUCGACUGGGACUCGAUACUACUAAUUUCAUAAUGCGCCUUUGCUCGUUUUGUCUCCCCCGGUUCCUGAUCAAGCUGUUCUUGCUUGCUCUGUACUUCAUAGAUUAAAGAUUAAAGUGGGUUAUUGAUGUUUAGGUACUUGUUUGUUUAGGCCUCGGGUUUGAUCAUGUCUAGCAUCAAUCCUGGUCUGCUUGUUUUUUUAACGGGAUUGCCAGGAAGGAGGUCUCAUUACUUUGUAUUAUUUUGGUGAAAUUACUAGCGGUCUGCAUGCAAACCGUUUCAUGCAUGUAUAUACAUAUAUACUCUUCAGUCUUC